CUUAGAACGGGCAAGACACUGCUAGAUGCCAAACUUGAAUGCCUGUGUUGCCCUUGCAAGCGCGAUCGAGAGUUUUAAGGCUGGCAUCGUUAAGACAUUCGCAGUUUCUCUGGGCCGCGGCAAGAAGGUCUUUUUCAGGUGCUGGCCCAGGAUUGCAUUUAUGGGCGGAAAAUGCCCGUCGCGAGGUGUUUGCAAGGCUUCAUGGGCUGCGGAAAAGCAAAGCAACGCCUCAGGAGGUGCUCUUCAUCGUCUCAGAGUGCCAGCGAAGGCAGCUGCUAAAAGAUCCACGGGAUUGGGUAGUCGCUAUGAGUUCCUUAGGCCACGUUGGCCUAUGGACAGAUACUUUGGCGCUGUUCGAGGCAAUGCACUUAGAGACCGCAGUUGCGGUGCAUGCCUUCAAUGCGACCUUGUCUGCUGUGCAGAGAGCGCAGCAGUGGGAAGCCGCAGUGGCCUUGUUCGCUGACAUCGAGCGCUACUCAUUGACGCCAGAUACAGUGACGUGCAACGCUUUACUCACUGCGUGUGACAAAGGAGGGCAAUGGCAGAGUGCCCUGAGUCUCUUGGAAAGGAUCGGUCCUACAUAUCACCUCCAGCCCAAUGUUGUCAGCUACAGCACGACGCUUUCAGCUUGUGAGCGAGGGCGGGCUUGGGAGCACGCGCUGCAGGUAUUUGCCAACAUGAAUGGCUGUGAGAUUUCUCCAGAUGUGGUGGUUUUCAAUGCGACGCUCAGUGCGCUUGAUGGGGGUUCCCGAUGGGAGGAGGCUUUGACUUUGCUGGAAGAGAUGAAUGAGAUUAAGCUGAAGCGGACUCUUGCCACAUAUGGUUCUGCAAUCAGAGCUUGUGGCAAUGCCUUUCAAUGGGAGGAGGCAGUUGAGCUGAUGAGAUCGCUGCAAAAUAGGCAGAAACCAAAUCUCAUCAUUUUGAACCUGUGCCUAGAUGCAUGCCGCAAGGCGCGAAACCUUCAUGCUGCACUGAAGCUGUUCAAUGACAUGCAAAUCGAGUCAGAGCGACCGGACAUGCUGAGCUACACUUCCCUGAUAUCCGCAUGCGGAUAUGGGGCGGAGUGGCAACUUGCCAUCCAGCUGCAUGAGGAUGCGCUGAUGACAGGGCAACCUGAUAUUUUUUCUUUCAAUGCUGUGCUUGGAGUGUGCCGGCAAGCAAGCCGAUGGGAAGAGUCUCACAGGAUUCUUGAAGGGCUGCUGCUCCAUGGGCUUUCUCCAAGCAUGCCAACGUACAAGGCUUUGAUUGCUGCUUGUGCUUACGCCAUGCGAUGGUCUGAUGCAUUGAGCCACUUGCGUGCCUUGCAGAAGUCCGAUAGUUUGUACAUUGGUGCAGCCCGUGGCAAAGAAGACCUCAUCCUGCAAUUCGGUAUUGUCUCCAAAGCUUGUGCAGAGGCCGGUUUGGCCAGUCGCUCGCAAGCAUUGGUUGAUGAGGCCGAGUUUGCAGCAGCUGCGAAGGGUUUAGCAGGGAGAUUACCAAGAGAGUGGAUCAGUGUUCUUCACUGGCAAGCAGCAUUGGCCUACUUCCAAAGACUGAAGCAGGCCAUUGACAGAGAUGACACGGAAGAGGGUGUGCAAGUCGUUGGAUUAGCUGACCUUCUCCUUGAUGCAGGGCAAGACACAGCUGCCAUGAGCCUUUUGUUGGAAGCACAGGAGGCUCAGAUCUUUUCUCUGUGGCAAAAGACAAAGAAGGCUGACAUCUUGGACUUACAUUCUCUAGGCCCUGGUUCUUGCUCUGCCGCAGUAGCAGAAGCGGCUGUGAGUGCAGCACUACUGCAACUGGCAGAGAAGCGGGCCUUUCGCGCAACACGUGGCUUUGUUGUUGUUACUGGACGUGGACUAGGAAGCCUUCGAACAAGUCCGCUGUUGCUGCCAGCCAUUUCGUCAUUUCUCAGCCAGCUGGGACUUGAUAUUCGACAGGCCACGGGUUUUGUAUUUGUGCCGCGAAGAUCUUUGCACGACCUGUGGCAGGGUGUAAAAAGAUCGAACGACCCUUUGUCAUGUUGUUUUGUCAAAACAAACAGAGUCGUCAAAGUGGAGAGGUUUUUCUUAUUGUUGCUAGCUGCUUACAAGGUUAGACCGUACUAUGGAAUUGAAUGCGCUUGAAGAACAUCAAAAAUUAUGAAACAAAACAGGCAUAUAUACUGUAAAUAAAAGAAACAAUAAGUAUAAGACACAAGGAGGCGUCAAAGCUUGUUUCCAUUCUAAGAUGAUGGGCAGAAUCGAAGGUAGUAAUCACAAAUAACAUGAACCAUAAUGAACCUGUUUUAUGUCAGAGAUGGACACAUGUUCCCUUUAUAUACACAGGUCACAGCUGAACAGCCACCCUCAUCUCAUCCCAUCUCAGAUCAUCGCAUUCGACCUUCGGUCUCGCUCCAUCGAGUCGAAAUGAUUCUUCAUCGAGUCCUGUCGAAUACCGUCAAGCCUGUAGCUUCUUGCUCCUAGUAGUAGUGGCUUCCAACUUACUUGCGAUGGCCUCCAACUAAUAGCAUCCUUCGCGUCAAAGCGCUUGAAGCUUUUUCGGAUUGUGUCUUUGACAUGUGUCUGGUGUCAUCACCUCACCUGGUUUGAACGGAUUUUGGCUCUCCUGUUUCGUCCCUUCUUUUGCGGUCACCUCCUCUUUGUGUGUAUAGUGGCGUUGAACUGCAGCGGGAAUCGGUCAGUCCUAACCAAGAUGGGGCCACAUAUGGGUUCGGAGCAGCGCCAAAAGAGGAAAAAGAUGAGGACCCGCUUUUUGUGUCGGCUCUGGCCCAUCUCUGAAUGCGGGACCAGAAGUAAUGUCAAGACCGGAUUAAUAAUCCCCCACAUGGUAGGUAGGUCAACAAGGUCAAGAGGAUAUGAGAUACCACUCAUAAGGUCCACCCUGAAUAAUUAAGGUGAAAUUAGGCAUCAGGCGGACUGGUUUGUGCAGGGACAUCAGCUGUUUUUUUUUUCACAUUGGACUUGAGCAGCAAGCACAAAACGUGGAGGGCGUUUGAUUUCACCCUCUCAGACUCUCAGCCCAAGUUCCUCUCAUUUCAACAUUUCAACAAAUUUCGACCCACAUCAUAUCAUAUCAUCUCACCUCAAUGUGUGUCGCAGCCACAUCCUGCUGUUGCCUUUUCUCAUUUUUUUUCCACUGACUGUGAAGUUCUCAUAAAUGAAAAUUUUGCUAUCAGGCUGGUGGAAUAGAAACAUGGGUUUUCUAAGGAGUGCCCAUGAAAUGGGUCUAUGACCUCAAAGACUCUCAAAGUAUUCAAGCUCAGAUUCUCCGACUCUCUCCAUGGGUGCCACGCCUAAGCUAAAUGUUCGGGCUACGGCCAGCUCC